AUGAUUUUGUACCCUUUAUUCAUAAUUUUAAUCGGUUAUUUGCAAUCCAUAUUGGCAAUUACCUGUCCAAAUGGAUCCGAAUGGAAAGAUGAUCUGGGUUAUUGUCUGCUUCCGAUCAAUACUCAAGUGAACUAUUCGGCUGCGACAAAAGCCUGUGGAAAGGUUGGAGGGCAUCUCAUCUCGAUUCAUAAUCUAUUCGAGAAUAUUCUCUUCUCUGCCUAUGUUGAUGAAUAUUUUCCAAAGACAAAAACUUCUUGGCUAGGGAUGCAUGCUGACCAAUUUCAGGUAUGGGCAUGGGAUGACGCUUCAAAAUGGGACUAUGAACAUUGGGCAAAACAAGAACCAUUUGACGGCAAUUACUGUGCACAACUCCAUUUAAAAGAUCAACUCUGGCAUUCGGCCGAUUGUGACGAGGAUAAAGCGGCGUUUCUGUGUGGAAUCCAACCUCAAACUACAGAUUCGACAACACCGGCAAUUACUACCAAAUGGCCUGGAAAAUGCCCGACGGAAUGGUCGUAUUUUGACAAAACGAAUGCGUGUUAUUACAUUGGCGCAAAUAUGUCGUGGACUGAUGGAGAGACCUACUGCCGCUCACAACACUCCCACCUCGUUUCUGUACAUAGUUUCGAGGAGAAUCAGUUUAUUUUGGACCUAAAAUACACGACAGAUUGUGAUGUGGUGGCGAAUGAUUGGAUCAGCAUCACGCUUCUUGGCUCUUAUCGUGAUUACCAUGAUCAAACAUGGCUAUGGAGCGACGGGACUCCGUUUGACUACGCCCCCGAUCUGUGCAAUGACGAAUUUGGAAGGCAUUUUAUGAUCGAUAAUACGAAAUGUUCGAUGUGUCAGAAUGGAACGUGGUUCUCCGUUCUCAGCGACUACGAUAAUAGUAUAUACCCAUUUUUUGCUUGUAAAUUCGUGUUA